AUGUUGGCGAUGAACGCGCAACAACUCUUUGCCGGCGCGCGCCGCCCGCGGGACCGCCUGUUGCACCGCAGCAGAGACACUGCCGACACGACCAACGUCCACGACAGCGACAGCGACAGCGACGGCGACGUGCUGGAGCUCGACCCGGUCGACGGCUUCCCCGGUCCGCCCGUGCGCGUGCGCCCGCGGCGCCGUUUUGUCAAGGCGGGCAAGACGACCUACGAGCUGUCGUUCUCGCGGCGCCACUUGACGCACGCGUGGCGCGGGGCAGCGCCCGUCGAGGCCGUCGACGCGGCCGUUGCACGCGAGGGCCUGUGCCCGUGCUACGACACGCCGCGGCCCGCGCCCGUCGUGUCGUCGCUGUCGCACGUGCUGACCGAAGUGCUGAGUGGACAGACCAAAGCGCUGAACAACAUUGUCGACACGACGCCGCUCCAGCCCAACGUGACGUACGUCGUCGAGCACGCGGUCGACGGCACGCCGUACGUGGCCGCGUCCGACGGCCACAAGUACUUUGAGAACUCGGCCAUUGGGCAGCUGUUUCUCCGCUCGGUGCGCGCAAAGCGCCGCGGGCGCGGGCGACAGUCGGACUUGAGCGAAGAACCCGUCGCCGGCGAGCAGCAGGUGUCGCAAGCGACGCGGCGCUCGGACGGCGAACAGACGCUGCCGCGGGGACCGACCGCUGCAGUUGGGUCGGACGGAGACGGAAAGCGACGACCCGAGACGCUGCGGUCGUUGUGUGGCUUCCCCGUGCGCAAGAAGCGAGAGCCGAAAGCGAGCGCUGUUGCUGAGGCAGCUGCUGUUGCUGUUACUGCGGAUGACGCUGCGCGAGGCGUAGCAGACGCUGCAGUGGCGUGGCCAGCGAGCGAACGGGAGAGUUUCAUGUCGAGUUUGGGCCAAGUGGACCGCAGUCGCGCGGACGCGAGCUGCGAAGUGCCGCCGGUGGUGAGCAAAACGACUCGACACGGACGAGAGAAGGCACAAGUGGACGGGGCGGCAGGUUCGCCAGCGUCUACGAACGACAGCGAUAACAGCAGUAGUAGUGGUGAACGCGAGCGCUCGUCGCUGGUCUCGCCGGGUCUCGUGGGUGCCCCCAGUACCGCAAGGCAGGACAAUAUGACAGCGAAAGCGCUGCCGCGACUCGUGCCGAAGAAGGAGGUGCCCGCGCCGCCUUUGGAACCCGACGCGUAUGACGAACAGGACAACCCGUUGUGUCAGUCGUUCCGGAACGUGCGGAAUGUGGAUUUGGUGCGGGCGAAGCCGCGUGGGCUCGAUGAGGACGAUGGACGCGAUUGUGAGGAUGACUGCGAGCGCGAGCUUGAUGAGGAGCAGGAGGAGGCCGUCGCGGGCGGCGAGGACGGCAUACCGGAUGUGAACUCGCCCGACUUUGCUGGUCGUGUACGCGUGUCGUCGGGCGCAACGAGCGUGGCGGAUUUCGUAGGCGGCUUUAAGGGCCAACUCUCUCGACGAUCAGGUGCAAGUGGCCUGGUGAACCGCAAGCGCGCGGUGCGGCAUGCGCGCCUUACAGCAGAAGAACAGAAGGCUGCGGAUUUGGCGCGGAAGAUCCGGGAAGCGCGCAAUCGCGUUCCACUCGAGUUCAGGGACGAACACAUGUCGUUUGCUGCGCUGAUGGAGAUCCAGAAAAAGAGGAAGGAAAACCGGGCUUGCGGUCGGCGUGUUUCGUUCAACCCGGACGUGAUGUGCCGCGAGUUUGAAGUCGAGUCGGAAGAGGAGGACGACGACGGCUAUGAUAGCCCAGACGAGAUCGUCGAUGCUGUCCAGUUAGUGAGCAAGCGCGAUGUUGUCCGCGCGGAGGACGUCGUUGGAGCGUUCCCGAUGGAACAACUGGGCUUAGCAUCUGAUGCUGCUGCGUACAGUGUCGAGGCUUCUGCACGUCCAGGUUUUGGUGCAGAUAUUGACGAUGUACAGUCAGAUCCGCUGACGUUUUCGGCGCUCAGGAGUGACAAGCGCAUGUCGUUUUCCGAUCUUUGA